AUGUCUCUCCCAGAAAAUUCCAGUUCGAUGCUUCAGAAACUCACACCUAGUACCACAUUUAGUACCACAGUUGCUUUGGUGGCUGUGGUGUCAGGUGCAUUUUUUAUGUAUUCCAUGAAUAGACUGUCAGACAGGUCAGAGAGAGAUUCAUUCCAAGCAACAUUAACCAUGGAUGACCUGGAAACCCAAGAGGACAGCCUCCCAAUACUUGCGGAUGAAUGUAUUAACCUUGACGAAAUUGAAGAUUUCCGAAAGGCAGGAACCAAUAUUACAAGAAGUCUGUACUUGCCUAUACAGAAUGCCAGUUUUUUCGCAGGGGAAAUUGUCACAGCUCAAAUUGUCAUUGAUGACUUUAAAGGGAUAUUCACAUGUCUGGAAUCUGUCACACGGGGUUCCAUCAAUGGUCGGGACUUCCGCAUGAUUGUGAUCAGAACAGAUUAUACAUGUGUGGUACAAGAAAGCUUCACAAAGGUUACCGUGUAUUUGGCUUCUGGCAAGCAAGUCGGCAUCCUGUUUACAGCCCCUACUUCAUUAACGCUAGGGACCUCACCCACAACUAUCAAAGAUGGUAUUGAAUUCAAUGGAUCAGUUGGCCCAAAUAUCCCUCUGGUUUCUGCUAGCGUAGGUACAAAAUGGUCAAGAGAGCACUCACACACAACUCAAACACACCGUUUUCAAGUAAGUACCGGCCAUGGGCUCAUCAAUCCACAAGAGGGCGCAGCGUCCCCAAAGUAUGUGGUGGCUAGGAUGGUGAGUGACCCAAAGUAUGAAGCAGGAUUACCACCGGGUCGUUUUGCCUUUGCGGUCAGUGGGGACGAGGACUUGAUCAUCACAACCACCUCGGCUCAUGUAAGAAGGCUCAGACGAGUGGAAAAACUGCAAGAAAUGUGGGGGAAAAAAAAAGAGGAGCAAUCCACCCCGAUACUCAUUCCGCAUGGCAAGGAAUAUACCACUCCAAAAGCCGUAAUUUGUGGGUCUGGUUGUUCUUCUUACAUUCUUCAGAUCACCCACUACAAAGAUUGCAGGGGUCAUAUCCUUUGA